AGCCGUGGGGCCCUUGCCACGUUGCUUGGCGUGUGCCACCACCUGAGAUACAUCUCCCCACACCUCAUCACACAGGUGAUCAGCGGAGGACACUAUGAUGUGGACUGCUAUGUGGAGGACCCCAACGGCAAAACCAUCUACCAGGAGACCAAGAAGCAGUACGACAGCUUCUCGCACCACACCGAGCUCAAGGGUGUCUACACCUUCUGCUUCAGCAACGAGUUCUCCACCUUCUCCCACAAAAUUGUCUACUUCGACUUCCAGGUGGGCGAUGAGCCGCCCAUCCUGCCCGACAUGAACAACCGCGUCACUGCCCUGACACAGAUGGAAUCUGCCUGUGUCACCAUCCAUGAGAUGCUGAACGCGGUGAUCGACUCCCAGACCCACUACCGGCUGCGGGAGGCGCAGGACCGGAGCAGGGCUGAGGAGCUCAGCGGACGCGUCUCUUACUGGUCAGUGGGGGAAACCCUCAUCCUCUUCGUGGUCAGCAUCGGGCAGGUGAUGCUGCUCAAGAGCUUCUUCACUGAGAAGAGACCCAGCAGCGGCGGAGCCGGCACCUAGAGCCGCUGUGCGUGCCCCUGAGCGGAGCAGGCCGUGCGACGGCUGCGGCCCCGGGCUCGCACUUUGCCUCCCAUCUGUGCCGUGGGUGGCGGGGGUGGCAGCAGGGGGUGACGUGACACUGCCGAGCUGGGCGACAGUCCCCCGCUGUCACCUCCCACGUGCCAUCGCCCGACCUGCCCCGUCCCCUCGCCUGUCCCCGUUCUCUGGCUGCACCGGGACCAGCACCAGCAUGGACACCGGGGCUCCCUGGGGCCUGCGGCGUGGCCGAGGGGCUGGGGCAGCGCUGGCCCGCCUGGAACCCGCCCAGGGCCGUCAGCCCGAGGAGAGCUGCCCAUGAACCGGGGCUCUGUGUCUGCACCCCAGCUGUCCUGUGGCGGGCAGGGUGCUCCCAGCAGCCGGGCCACGGCACCAGCAGCGUCCAGCAAGGGAAGGCUUUUUGCUGGGUGGUCCUCUGGCUCUACCAGCUCCUCCCCUCGCAGCAUUUCUCGGGCUGGCAGCAGGUGGUGUGCUCGUUCCAGUGGUGGUAUUUUCAUACUCACAGAGUCCGUGCCUGAGACUCAGACCCCUCACACAUUCCCCCCACCCUGCGGACACGUGCCAAGGAAGCCCCAUCCCUGCCCCAGAAGCACAGAGGACCCACACAGCCUGGGAUUGCAGCCCCUCGUUCCCUGGAGCCCCACAAGAGCCUGGGGUGACGCCCCUGUGCAAGACUGGAGUGACUGCUGUGCUGGCCCUCCAGCCCUCAAGCAGGUGUGAGAUCAUUGUUCAGAGCCAAAACAACUCCACUAGACUUUUCCUUUGCCACUUUCAAAUAAAUCCCUGCAAGCAUG